AUGUUGGAAGCUAAACCUGCUUCAAUUCCUAUGCUGUAUAAUGGAAAACUUUCUAAGGAGAGUGGCACAAGAUUACCAGAUCCAUUACAAUAUAGAAGAUUUCUCGGACGACUCCUAUAUCUCACAAAUACUCGUCCGGACAUUACUUUUGCAGUUGGAAAACUCAGCCAACUUUUGGAUUGUGCAACUGAUGACCAUUACAAGGCAGCACUACAUGUUCUUCGAUACAUCAAGAAAUCUUCUUCUAAGGGUCUUUUCUUCUCUUCAAAUAAUGAUCUCAAAUUGAUUGGUUAUGUUGAUUCGAAUUGA